AUGAACCGACUUUUGAAAGGGUGGUUCCCAACUAUCUCCCACCCUCUCGUCAUCAGCGCCCCCAUGCUAGCAACUUCAAACGGCACCCUAGCAGCCGAAGUAUCCAAGGCCGGCGGUCUCGGCACCAUUCCCGGCGGAUCAAUCUUCACCUCGGACUCAGCAAAUCUCCAAACCCUUGACCAAGAACUACUCACAGCCCGCAAAAUCCUCAACCUCAACGACAAAUUAGAAACCCCCCUCCCCGUCGGCAUAGGCUUCCUCACUUUCCACCACAGCACCACCACACACUUCCCCUCCACCAUCCCCCCUCUCCUAAUCAAACACAAACCCCUAGUAAUUUGGCUCUUCGCGCCCGACCCUUCCUCGCGCCCCCACCAGCAACUCAUCCCCCUGCUCCACAAAACAGGCAAAUUCUGGGGUCUAAAAGUCUUCGUGCAAGUGGGCUCCGUAGCCGCAGCCCGAGAAGCUAUGCAAGACGGUGCGGAUGGGAUCAUAGCCCAAGGCAUUGAUGCGGGCGGUCAUCAGUGGGCCCAAGGGGCCGGGGUGGUGAGUCUGGUUCCCGAGGUGAGGGAGAUGCUGCGGCAGGAGUUUGACGGGAAGGAGGUUGCGCUUUUUGCUGCGGGAGGUAUCGUGGAUGGGAGCGGGUUAUUGGCUAUGUUGGUGUUGGGUGCGGAUGGGGUGGUUAUGGGGACGCGGUUUAUUGCUGCCGACGAGUCGUCGGCGCCGGGGCAUGCUAGGGAGGUCAUUUUGGGGGCUGAGGAUGGGGGGAUCAGCACGGUCAAAUCACAUUUGCAUGACAGUGUCAAAGGAGUGACGCAUUGGCCCAAAUUUUAUGACGGGAGAGCCAUCGCAGGCCCGUCGAUCCGGGAUGAGCAGGCAGGUCUGCCAUUGGAGGAAAAUAUUGCAAAGUACAAGGAGACUGAAGCCGCUGGUGACAAUUCUCGAAAUGUCUACUGGAGUGGAACUGCAGUAGGCUUGGUGAAAAACGUAAUGCCCGCUGGUAGGAUUGUCGAGCAGGUCAGAAACCAGGCCAUCGAGAGAAUGGCGGAACUCAAGGCUUCUUUAUGA